AAUCAACUGUGCACCUAUGUUCGUACCCAAACGGUAUCGUACAUUUUAGUGUGAUAGGAUACGGUUUAACCAUGAGGACUUAUUUAACAUGUCCAGGAUUCUAAUCAUGAAUAUUCUGAACAAAAGGCUUUUGAGCAGUUGUAUGCUUGGGUCAAAAGCACGUCCAGUUAAUAGGGCGAAUGCAGUUGGAUCAAACUUCAACAUACUAAAUGGAGGCACAGGCUUCUUGACAAACUCUUUGAACAUUUCUGCACUGACGUGUGUUGUGCAUAGUAGGUGUUUAUCUUUACAUGUAAAUAGGAAAGCUAAUCAAAACACAUGCAUAUUUUUAGAAAGGAAAUCAGGCAACGUGCCCAUAAUGCAGACUCUGGGAAGAAAGUCAUAUAUAAAAUAUGGACCCGUGUUAUUGUGGGAUCAGAUAAUGCAGACUCUGGGAAGAAAGUCAUAUAUAAAAUCUGGACCCGUGUUAUUGUGGGAUCAGAUUAAAGUAUGUUAUUCUGUAAUGUCAUCAACGGCUACUAAUCAAGAUGUAGCCAAGAAAGUCCCAACCAAGCCUCUCAUGAAAAUAAAAACAAAAAAGAAAAUUCGCCUAGUGGAGGAUGCGUUGCAGUACAAUCGAGUGGCAACAUAUCCUGUGGGUCAGGAGCUCAACCUAGAGUCACUGGCCAAAGAGAUUGUCAGUCAAGACACUUACAAGAUUGUGGACAUGCCAACAGAUUUGCAAGGAAAUCUUCAAGAUGUUAUUAUGACAACUGCAAAGUACAAGUUUGAAGGCCAAAUAAGAGAUGCUUUUUUCUUCAGAGAUGGAACAGUUUCUUUAUGGACAAUGUCAGAAUCUGAGAAGGAUGACGUCCUGCAGCUGGUGCGAAGACAUUGCAUCCAUCCGUACAACCCAGUACUGACAGAACAAGAGAGUGAGAUCAUACCUGUACAGAAUGACAUGGCCUCUAAACUUGUGCGGGGUAAAAUCCACAUUCGGAGCUUACCUGGAGACGAGAAGUAUGAAGAGAUCACCAUGAUGGAGAAGUUUGCCUUCUCCAAUGCCAUGGCCCAGUCAGUGACUUUGGCAAUCAACGAGAACAAAUUGGAGAAGUUUAUUGAUCAGUUGGAAUCAGAAACGCAGCUACUUCGUGAUGGACAGCCAUCCCAGUUGAAGAGGCGUGAUAUCAACAUGAAGUUAGGAGAAGUAUUCUUACACAGGCAUGAGAUCAACUUGGAGUCAGGUUUCCUGGAUGUGCCAGAUGUCUACUGGGAGCGGGAUGACUUGGAGCAGCUGUACAGGAGUACAUUUAGUGAUCUGAAUGUCUCCAAACGUAUACAGGGUAUACAGGUGGGUAGAGAUGCACUAUUUACGAUCUGA